AUGUCUACGCAAUUCGCGAUAACCGAUGUCCUACCUCUCCCAAAUUCCAACGUCCAGAUUCCUCGUCUAGGAUUUGGUGUCUACCGCGCUCACGAUCAAAAAUGUGUGCAAGCGUGUCUGGACGCCCUGAAGGUCGGCUACCGUCACAUCGACACCGCGCAGUUUUAUGGAAACGAGAAGGAAGUGGGAGAGGCGGUGCGACAAUCAGGCAUCCCACGGGAGGAAGUGUUUAUUACGACAAAAAUCAUGACGCCUGGAGGCUCACCGCAGGCGACCUAUGAGAAACUCUUGAAUAGCGUUGAAAAGAUCGCCGGGAAGGAUGGCUAUGUGGAUCUCUUCCUCAUUCACAGCACCAGUUCUGGCGCAGCGGGUCGGAAAGAGAUGUGGCAGGCUCUCGAGAGACUUUAUGAGGAGGGCAAAACAAGAAGCAUCGGUGUCAGCAACUACGGGGUGAAGCAUUUGGAGGAGAUGAAGGCCUACGCCAAGGUCUGGCCACCGCACGUCAAUCAGAUCGAGCUCCAUCCGUGGUGUCAACAGCGCGUCAUUGAUCAAUACUGCAAGAGGCAUGGCAUCGUUGUAGAAGCGUACUGUCCACUCGUCCGUAAUUACAAGGCCAACGACCCUACAUUAGUUUCUGUGGCACGGAAGUACGGAAAGACCACGGCGCAGAUCCUUGUUCGCUACGGGUUGCAAAAGCAAUGGGUUCCUCUGCCAAAGACCGAAAACCCUUCUCGGAUUGCUGCGAACGCGGAUGUUUAUGAUUUUGAGAUUAGCCAGGAUGAUAUGGCCGUGUUGGACGGAUUAGACCAGGGAAGCGCUGGAGCCAUCGUUGAAGCAGUUGUCAACGAAUAA